CAACUGGCAGCUGUCAAAAACAAUAACAUUGCAAUUAAUGUUAUAGAAGAGAAAAACUAUUUACAUUUAUUUAAACAUUAUUAUGAUCAUAUAAUAUAGCACUAGAGAAAUUUGUAUUUACUUAUAAAUAUGGACAUCUCCUUACUAAUAGCUAUUGCCGCGUCUAUUAUCAUUAUCAUCCUAAGUUUAAGUUUCUUCUUGAAGUCCAAAACUGAGAAAGUUGAAGAAAGGCCAAGGCCUGUGCCUAACAGGGCUAAUAAUGCCUUACCGAGAAGAGCCCAAAUUGCCCGAAACAGGGGCGCCAGGCUUAGGGCAAACGCACAAAUCCAGGAAGAUAAUGAUUCAGAUCCGGGAGAACCUGAUGCACCCGAGAUAGAACUUCCCGAUGGUAAAAUCGGUGCAAAGAAGAGGGCAAAACUUGAAGCUAAGGCUGAAAAGAAAGCCGCCAGAGAGGCAGAGGAGCAUUCCAGAGUUGAGAGGAAGAAACGAGCAGAACUAGAAGAAGCCGAAAGACAGAAGCUUAAAGAGAAGGAGGAACAAGAGGAAAAGGAACGGGAAGAGGAGGAAAGGAGAGCCAGAGAGGAGAAAGAGAGACAAGAACUCGAGGAGUACAUGAAAAUGAAGGAGGCCUUCUCGGUGGAAGAGGAAGGAUAUGAAGAAGGGGAACAACAGGACUCCCAAAACUUACUACAGGAAUUCGUCAAUCACAUAAAGAACAACAAGGUGGUCAUAAUAGAAGACCUGGCGGCGCACUUCAAACUAAAAACCCAGGCCUGCUUGGACCGAAUUAAGGACCUACAAAAGGACGAAAUUCUAACGGGGGUCAUAGACGACCGGGGGAAGUUUAUUUACGUGUCUCAGAGCGAGAUGGACGCAGUGGCGAAGUUUAUUAGACAGAGAGGGAGGGUGUCUAUCGCGGAACUGGCCGAGAAUAGUAACGUGUUGAUUAAUUUGGUUCCGACUGUGCCCCUGAUUGGCGAGCAAUAGUUCGGGGAUUUGUAUAUAAGACAAUUUUAUUUAUUGCUUAUGUUUUCCAUUAAAUCACACUGACUUAAUAAAUUAUUGAACAUU